GAGGAUUCGCCCAGCGCCGAGCUGCGCGAGCGGAAUGUCUACGACUCCGGUUACUACUAACAUAAAAACAACGCUGGAGACUCCGGGGCUCGCCUUCACCCCCCACACUAACCGGAUAAACCCGCCUUUAACUCUUAUUCCGGGACAUUUAUACGACUUUUUAAAAAUAUAUAUACCUUCACACUACCAACAUACAGCCAUCCUGUACCUGUUUGCUGUGGAUGUAUUACAUAUUGAUGUGAAUUUACAUUAAAUAGAGUUCGUUUUGAGUGAUUGUGAACACGUCGGUGGUGCUGCUCCUUGUAACUCGCUUGGAAAUUCCCUCAACGUGGGACGUCCUGUCCUUUAACACUCAUGAAUCUUGCCAGCCCUUGCUCUCUGAAACAUCAUGACUUGUUGCGCUGGCUCCCUUCUCAGGGUUUUAACCAGGAGGAAUCCAUGAUUAGGCUUUGAAGUCCUCACCAGUCCAUCUUGCUGUCCUGCUCUUCGCUUCCUGAGACACGUCCCUCUGCACAGUCACUCUACAGUCCAAAACAUCUGCAGCCUCUCACCCUUUAACUGGCACAAUGAAGACAAUGAGGGUCUUCUUUGUAGUGUUUGGAGUCUUCCUUCUCAUCAAUCUCACAGAAGGUGGGCAGAAUCCAGACUACGUGCUCCAUGGCACGGGAAUGAAACAUGGAGAGCCAAAAAAAUCUCAGGCAGAGGACGGCUCCACUGUGGCUCCUGAAGACGCUGCACGAUUCCUCAGCUGUUACUGCUCGGGCCAUUGCCCAGAGGAUGCCACCAACAACACCUGCGAGACCAAUGGGCAGUGCUUUGCCAUCAUUGAGGAAGACGAGCAUGGUGAAGCUAUCCUUACAUCGGGAUGUAUGAAAUACGAGGGCUCCCACUUCCAGUGCAAGGAUUCUCCCAAUGCUCAGACGAGGAGGACGAUUGAGUGUUGUUCCUCAGACUUCUGUAACAAAGACUUGCAGCCUACACUUCCUCCUCCUGUUAUCCAAGAUCCCUUGUUUGUGAAUGCCCACUGGCUGGCCUUUUUGAUCUCUGUGACCGUGUGCUGUUUCACACUCCUCGCAGUUACCAUUGUGUGCUACUACAGGUACAAGCUGCAGACAGAAAGGAGACGCUACCAAAGAGACCUGGAGCAGGAUGAAGCGUUCAUCCCUGCGGGCGAGUCUCUGAAAGACUUAAUCAGCCAGUCAAGUACCGGUUCAGGAUCAGGCCUCCCCCUGCUGGUACAGCGCACUAUUUCUAAACAGAUCCAGAUGGUGCGUCAGAUUGGGAAAGGGCGCUAUGGUGAGGUGUGGCUCGGUCGAUGGAGAGGAGAGAAAGUGGCAGUAAAGGUGUUUUUCACUCGUGAAGAAACCAGCUGGUUCAGGGAGACAGAAAUCUACCAGACUGUCCUGAUGAGACAUGAGAACAUUCUCGGUUUUAUUGCAGCUGACAUCAAGGGUACAGGAGCUUUCACACAGCUCUUCCUCAUCACUGACUACCAUGAGAACGGCUCAUUGUAUGACUACCUGAAGUUCACCACCCUGGACACUCAGGCUUUGCUGAAGCUGGCUUACUCUGCAGCGUGUGGUCUGUGCCACCUCCAUACCGAGAUCUUCGGCACGCAGGGCAAACCAGCCAUCGCUCACCGAGACCUGAAGAGCAAGAACAUCCUCAUCAAGAAGAACGGCACCUGCUGCAUUGCUGAUCUGGGUCUGGCUGUUAAAUAUAACAGUGACACCAAUGAGGUGGACAUCCCUCUGAGCACACGAAUGGGAACACGGAGGUAUAUGGCCCCUGAGGUUUUAGAUGAGACGAUGAACAAGAAUCAGUUCCAGGCCUACAUCAUGGCAGAUAUCUACAGCUAUGGCCUCGUGGUUUGGGAAAUGGCACGGCGAUGUGUGACAGGAGGCAUUGUGGAAGAGUACCAGUUACCGUACUGGGACGCAGUUCCUUCAGAUCCAUCUUAUGAGGACAUGAGGGAAGUCGUGUGUGUAAAGGGCAUGCGGCCUACAGUCUCUAAUCGUUGGAACAGUGAUGAGUGUCUCAGAGCCAUGCUGAAGCUAAUGUCUGAGUGCUGGGCCCAUAACCCAGCCUCUCGCCUCACUGCUCUGAGAAUAAAGAAAACACUUGCCAAAAUGGUGGAAUCACAAGACAUCAAAAUAUGAGAAGUACAUCUCUACAGAUGACACUGCGUGCUUCAGUGGUGAAAUGGGAAUGUGAACUCCAUUGAUACAGGAACUGUUUCCAAACAGAAUUGUGAAGCAGAGUGCUACAGAGCAGAGCACUUUCCUUUCACCGUCAUCCAACAGAGUCUCCAUAGCACCCUCUGCUGGACUGGGAGUGCCAUCACCACUACAAAGAACUUCUCACAGACCUAGUUAUAGGUCUUUUAGAUCCUAAACACUAACUUAAAGUAGAAUGAUCAUGCUACUUCUACUAUUCAUCCUCUUUUACCCCUUAGACACUAUUGGGAGAGAUCUGCCAAAUAAAUUGCUUUCUGUGAAAGCUGCUUGUUGUGAUGCAAAUGGCAGCGCGUGCCAGGUUAGGGGAAAACCUGAAGUACAAGUACACAUUGGAGAAGGCUGAUUCGUUCUCUGUAUAAUAUCGUUCUUUUGUCUAUGGGCAGCCAGAGAGACUUGUGCUUGAGUGUUAAAGAGUUCAUUUGCGGACUCGAAAUGACUGCUCUGAAUGCAGACUUUCUGCAUCACACAAUACAUGUGCAUAAGAAAGAGCACCAUUAUUUUAAAUGAUUUUCUCCUGUAUAAAUAUAGAUAAGUAAAUAUUAUUCAUCAAUAAUGUUAUUGAUAUUUAAAACAAAAAUACUCGUGAAGAAUUUCUUACACAUUCUCUAUUUUAAAAAGUCUGUCCAAUUAAUACUGAGGUGUUGUCAAAACAUUUGGAUGAUGUAAUCAGUGAGGACGGAGGGACGUUCAUUGGUGCAGUGAAGACUGGUGAGUUGUGUUAGAAUGCAUGAUUUAUAUACAGGUCUCAAAGAAACCUUGUACACGGGCAUUAACAAAGUCAUCACAGAAUUUUUUUUAAACCAUAGGGCAAAAAUCAUUAUAUAUAUGACACAUAUGAAGUGAGUGUGUGAGCUGAAGCCCUAACCCACAAGCAAUCACUGCUUUACUUCUUCCAAACAAAUCACACCACUUAGGAUUCUUAUGAGAUUUUGGUUCAUGUGACUGAUUUGCAUAUAGAAUCUUAUAUAUCUCAGAUAGGAUUGAAGAAUACGCCUGCAUGUGCUUUUUAUUCUAACCAUGUCAUGUUGAAUGAACUAUCAUAUUAAGAAAGAAAUGCUCAUUCGAAAAAAAGUGAUUCUCAACAUUAUUACAGUACAGAUUAACAUUAGCUCAAUGUCCCGUUCUUUCUGUACAGAUACUGUUGGCCAAAACGAACGUACUUCUCUAAAAGAUUACAAGUAUUUUUACUUUUUUAAUGAAAUCUAAAAAGAAUUGUUUCAAGAAAAUAUACAGGGUAUAUUGGUUCCACUAGUCACAUGAAUCCUGCUGAACAAUUAAACUCUAAAAUUUGUGCUUAUGUAGUCUGUGCCUAUAUUUAGCCUGGAUCAUUACAUUUUAAUAACUUGAUUAUAAAUGAGUUUUUUUUUUUUUUUUUUUUUUUAUCCCUGCCAAAACCUCUUUCAAUACCAUUAGGAACACAGUUUGAGAAAUUGAUUUGCAUCUAUUGCUCAGACCUUCAAAAUGCAGUGUUUCCACACAUACAGUGUUCUUGUAUUAAAAUGCAUCAGAGCUUGUUUUGUGUAAUUUCUGAAGCUCAGCAUCCAUGCACACAAAAUCGGUGCAUCAGCACAUGGCCGUUGCCUUGUUCUUGAUUUAAAUAAAUGUGUUGUAGCCAGUAGAAAUUCAUCUGUAUCAUUUACAACAGAAUCUUUUAUGUCCAAUGUGCAAAUGAAGCAUGUGUAGGAAAGCUUUUGUUUGUUUGUUUGUUUUGUACAGCAUCUGGGUUAAAGAAAGGUGCCUUACGUUUACCAAGAAAAACUGUUCUGUACACAAAAUUUGUCCAAUGUAUCGAUUUUAAAGUAAAUUACAAUAUUUUAGUAUGCAA